CGCCGGAAGUGCCGGCGUCCCGCAUGGUGGCGGGGGCGCAGGCAUGGGGCGGGCGAGCAAGACCAAGAACCAGAAGAAGGAGCGGGCGGCUGCCCUGCACAACGCGCAGCAGGAGUUCAGCACUGUCCCCCACUCCUUCGUCUUCCACCGCGGGCGCGUGGGCAAGAACGUGCGGCAGCUCAUCCUGGACGUGCGGAAGGUGAUGGAGCCCUACACCGCUCGGGCGCUCAAGGUCCGGAAGAAGAACUCGCUGAAGGACUUUGUGGCAGUGGCCGGGCCCCUGGGGGUGACGCAUUUCCUGGUCUUCAGCAAAUCGCCCUCGAGCAUCAACUUUAAGCUCUUUCGCCUCCCCGGCGGCCCGACGCUGACUUUCAAGGUCACUCAGUACGCGCUCAUCAAGGACGUGGUCUCCUCGCUGAAGCGGCACCGCAUGCACGAGCAGCAGUUCACCCACCACCCGCUCUUGGUGCUCAGCAACUUCGGCCUCCAGCAGAUCCACAUCAAGCUCAUGGCCAGCAUGUUCCAGAACAUGUUCCCCUCCAUCAACGUCCACAAGGUCAACCUCAACAACAUCAAGAGGUGUUUGCUCAUCAGCUACGAUGCGGAGACGCAGCUCCUGGACUUCCGGCACUACAGCGUGAAGGUCGUUCCCGUUGGCGUGAGCAAAGGCCUCAAGAAGCUGCUGCAGGAGAAGUUCCCCAACAUGAGCCGCCUGGAAGACAUCAGUGAGCUGCUGAUCAAAGACAUAAACCUGUCCGAGAGCGAGGCCGAGCAGGACGGGACCCACAACAUCCUGGAGCUGCCGCAGGCCUACGCGGGCCGAGGGAACAUGAAGGCGCAGCAGAGCGCCGUGCGCCUCACUGAGAUCGGGCCCCGCAUGACCCUGCAGCUCGUCAAGGUGGAGGAGGGCCUGGCCCAGGGCAACGUGCUCUACCACAGCUUCAUUCACAAGACGGAGGCAGAGGUCCAGGAGAUCCUGGCUCGGAAGGAGGCGAAGCUGCAGCUGAAGGCGGAGCGGCGCCAGAAGCAGGAGGCAGACGUGGAGCGCAAGCGGCAGCAGCGCGAGGCUCACAGGAAGAAGAGCCUGGCGGGGAUCCGGAGGAGACGGGGGCAGGACGGUGACAGCGACGCUGAGGACCCUGGGGCGCCGGAGCAGCAGGAUCCGGCUGAGCAGUCGGACGAGAGCGACGCGGAGUAUUACCGGCAGGAGGUGGGCGAGGAGCCGGAUGAAGAUCUGUUCCCCAAGCGCACCAAGAGGAAGCGAGGACCCUCGGGCUCCGCCCUGCCGAGGAAGCGUCAGCGGUCCAGCCAGCCGGAGCAGCCCGGCGGCACUACCAGCCCGCGGCCCACCCGCCGGGCCAAGCACGGGAAGCCGUGGCCACGCGCAGGAGGCCCUGGACAGACGGACUCGCGGCCCCGCAGCGGGAUGAGGCAGCCACAAGGAGCACCGGGUCGAAAGCCGAGACAAGGACCUAAGCGUCCACGUCACGAGGAUGGACGUAAAGGCCCCAAACUCGCUCCCUCCAGACCGAAGGGGCGAGGGAAGCUGCUGACAAAGGGGAAAACUGUUUUCAGGCGGCGAGGGCAUGCCAGCAAGGGGAAGCGGGAGGAGACAAGGCAGCACCGGGGCUCGGUGUGGGAGCAGCGGCACAGGAGUUGGCCCCGCGGCGCAGGCAGGACGCAGGAGCCGACCCCGCGGCGCAGGCAGGACGAGGCGAGUGGCGGGGCUGGAACGGGUGGGGGCCGGGCCCAGCGCAGCAGGGUCCUCUCUGCUUCCCCCUCCGUGGGAGUGGGGCCAGCGCGGCACAUUCUGGCCCCACUGCAGGGCUUCAGCCCAGGUGCAAGGCAGGCGCUCACCAACCCAUGUCAGUGUCUGCACUUCGCUGCUCGCCUCGCACCACGCUUCCACCAGCUGCUCUCAGCUUCGGCUCAGCGGUUUGUCAGCUGUGCUGCGCGCAGCGGUACCUCGCCAGGCGCCUUCCCACGCUGCCCACCCUUCCCGCUCGUUAACAGCGCUGCACGGUCCCCACCGGGCCGGCAGGGCCUCAUCCCCUCCCCUCCCGCAGCCAGCGAGGCGCUGCACAGCCCCCGGAUGAACGCCUCGGUCAGCCACUGCGGCAACUUCAGCAGGGUCCAGCAGGAGCUGUGGCCCGUGCUGGCGCUGCAGUUCCCGCCGGCGCUCUUCGGCAACGCCUUCGCCGUCUACCGCUUCGUGGUGCACGAGCACGCCUGGCACUCGGGCAUCGUCUACUCCUUCCACCUGGCCGUCAGCGGCAUGCUCUACUCGCUCUCGCUGCCCCUCCUGGCCGCCUACUACUACCCGCCCAAGCACUGGCGCUACGGGCCGGUCCUGUGCAAGAUGGAGCGCUUCCUCUUCAACUGCAACCUCUACGGCAGCAUCUUCUUCGUCACCUGCAUCAGCCUCAACCGGUACCUGGGCAUCGUCUACCCGCUGCGGGUGCACGGGCGGCUGCAGCCGCACCACGCCAAGGCGCUGAGCGCGGCCGUCUGGGUGCUGGCCGGGGCGCUCUCGGCCCCCACGCUGGCCUUCUCCGAGCUGCAGGGCAACGCAGGCAACACAGAGUGCCUGGGCAGCGCCUCGCCGGAGCGGCUGCCCCGUUUCUACCCCUACAGCCUGCUGCUGGCCGUGCUGGGCUGCGGGCUGCCCUUCCUGCUCACCGCCUCCUGCUACGCUGCCAUCGUCCGCACCGUCUUCCGCAACCCCCACAUCAGCCGGCUGGAGAAGCGCAAGGUGGGGCUGCUGGUGGUGGCAGGGGUGGCCCUCUACGCGCUCUCCUACCUGCCCUACCACGUCUUCCGCAACAUCAACCUGGGGCGCCGCCUGCCGCGCUCGGGCCCGGAGGACUGCUCCGUCUCCCAGGCGAUCCACACCGCGGCCCAGGUCUGCAAGAUCCUCGUCAACUUCAACAUCUGCGUGCACCCGCUGCUCUACGCGGCCCUGGCCGACAGCAUGCAGGGCUGCUGCGGCUGCGCCGGCGCCGCCAACGCGGAGCGGCUGGAGCACGUGGAGCUCCAGCGAGCAGCCUAGGAGCCAGCGAGGGAGGGAGGCCGCAGCGCAGCCCCGAGGCAGACAGGGCUGGAGGUCCCGGAAAGGGCAGCGGGGUCCCACGCAGGGCAAGGAU